CUAAAAUGUCAUCCAAAAACAGCUGAUCAGUGGAUGUCAACUUCACCCGAAACGUCAUGAUUAACAAAACAACAAAAUAUUUAUCAUGAAUUCCUUAUUAUUUUUAUGUAGUUGUUCGUAAUGCAAUUGUUAUAAACUGUAAAAUAGUAAUAUACUGGGAAAUGUCUUCGAAAUUACCAAAGUCUGCACUUAACCUCAAACAGUUUCUCCUAAGACAGCAAGUACUAAAAUUAUACAGAGAAAUAUUCCGCACAAUAAGGCAUGUUCCAGAUGAAUCGACACGUAUAGAACUAAAGCAAUGGGCCAGAACUGAUUUCCGAAACAACAUGCACCAUACAGAUCAGACAGCCAUCAAGUCAAUGCUGCACUAUGGAAAGAAAUCACUGAAAGAUUUGCAACACUCUUUAGCUCUUAGCAAAAGUUAGGAAUCAUACAAAGUUGUGUAUAUUAGAAUUUAAAAGUAGAAUGUUAUUAAAUAUGA